CCUUCACUGUUAGAAGUGACGUGAAAGCCGUAGGUCGUGUUUACACGUACGUCCCCGUCGCAGUGUCGUUUUUGUGUGUGACCAACACAACACACUAUACUUUUUUCCUCGGUUUCUCAAUUCCACAUUAUUCUCAAUCACCAUCAUAAUCAUCAUCGCAGAAAUAAAUAAUAAUACCGUCGUCGUCGGCCGCGGUCUCGACCUAUCAGUGUCCAGCAUUGCGAGUUUCGGUUUUAGUUUUGACUACUCUCAAUUUUCGAACGUGAAAAGAAACGCGAAUCGAUUUUGAUUGAUCGACGAGACGAGCAGCGAGCGGCGAAACCUGUUUGAUAAAAGUUUGCUCAUCUCAUCGAGCGCACACGACGGUAGCAGUAGCAUCAGCAGCAGCAGCAACAACAAAAAUCUAGAUAAAGCGAGUGCGAAAGUGAAGUGUGGAAGACGAAGGAAGAAAUCCGAAAAAAGUGGUUUUUUAUCACGAUUUGUGGUGUGGUGCGACGCGCGGGUUUGGUGUGUGAGUGCGAGUAGCAAAGUGCGGGCAGCAGCAGAAAGUGCAUCCCAGCGAGUGAGCGCAGCAGUGAGUGAAAGGUGAAAGAGAAGCCCCCGAAAGAAGAAAAAGGUGAAAAACCCGUCCGACGACGUCGUAGUCGUUUGGUUCGAUCGGACACUACUGUGUGUGACUACUCUCUCGGUUCAGGCUGUUCGGCGGCUUUUAGCGUGUUAUCACCCUAGGUACCUGUUCGCUUGCCGUGUUUGGUCGGAAACGUGAAACGAGAGCGACAUCUACCGCAGUUGUUGUUGUUGUUUUACCGACCCGUCGCCGUUGAUUGAUACCACCACCCAGCGUCGCAUCGUCGCCCCCGCUCCCAUCAGGCCGAUAAGGGAGCUGCGGUGCUUUUAGUGUUUGUGUGUGUUAGUGUGCGUGAAUUCCAGCUGAAAGGAAAAGCCUACUGAGAACGUGACAAAUUUGAAAAUAAGAUUGUGACGCACAACCGACCAUGUCGAGCCAACAGAAGCACCGAAUUCAGGUCCCGGACGGAUUACGGGACGUGCUGCUGGAGUUCUCGAUAGCAUACCUGCUGGAGCAGCCGGGCGACGUGAUCGACUACGCGGUCGAGUUUUUCUCCAAACUGCAGGAAAACCGAAAGACCACCAUGAUCACAGCCGGCGAGCCCAGCUCACCGGACGAGAGCAUCAUGUCACACGAAGAAGAACCCCUGGUGAAUCGGUACGCCUCCCGCAGGAAAUCCGUGUUUGCGGAGACGUACGACCCGGAGGCCGAUGACGACGACGAUGGCGCCCGGGCGAUAUUCCCCAAAACGGACGAGCAGCGGUCACGGUUGUGCGACUCAGUCAAGAACAUCCUGCUGUUCCGGUCGCUCGAUAAGGAACAGAUGAACGAAGUCCUGGACGCCAUGUUCGAGAAGAAAGUCAAAGCAAAAGAUUAUAUUAUAAAACAAGGAGAUGACGGAGAUAACUUCUACGUCAUUGAAUCAGGAAUUUACAAAGCUUACGUAGGAGAGGAUCAGAAACAUAUACACACGUACGAUAAUAGCGGUAGUUUCGGAGAACUAGCUCUUUUAUACAACAUGCCAAGAGCGGCCACCAUUCAGGCGGAAACGGACGGUCAACUGUGGGCGAUGGACCGUCAAACGUUCCGAAGGAUCCUGCUCAAGUCGGCGUUCAGAAAACGGAAAAUGUACGAAGCACUACUGGAUGCGGUUCCGAUGUUGAAAACGUUACAGAGCUAUGAACGUAUGAACCUGGCCGAUGCUCUUAUACCCAAGACAUUUGCCAAGGGAGAACGAAUCAUCAAGCAAGGGGACGCCGCCGACGGUAUGUACUUCAUCGAGGACGGUAAGGUUUCGAUUCGCAUCCAGCAGGACGCCGGCGAGGUGGAAAUCUCCAUGCUCGAGAAGGGACAAUACUUUGGCGAGCUGGCACUGGUGACCCAUCGGCCACGUGCCGCCUCGGCUUACGCCGUCGACAACGUCAAAGUUGCAUUCUUGGACGUGGACGCUUUCGAACGGCUGCUCGGCCCCUGCAUGGACAUCAUGAAGCGCAACAUCGGCGACUACGAAUCGCAACUGGUGAAGAUCUUCGGCAGCAAGAACAACAUCAGCGACAUCCGAUAAGUUGUUCCGGCGCCAUCGCCAUCACCACCAGCACCACCACCAACAUGUGUAGCGCGUCUUCGAUCACCAUCAAUGUAGCGAGGGUUUUGUGAGGAGGAAGAGGAGGGGCUGAGGUGCCGUUUCUUUCUUUCUAAAGUUCCCGCGGAAUGGCCGGCGGCGUAUGGCAUCCGAGGUGGCGCCUUCGGGUAGACGAUUUUUUACCAUCUUACAACAGCAGCAGCAGCGUAGCCCGGAGGGGUUGGCGAGGGGUCCUCUGCGUGCGGGUAGUUUUGGCGGGAACAGAGGGGGAAAGAGAGGGCAAUUCAGACGAUUUUUCUAUCGGAGAUGAUGAUGGUGAUUUUCUUGAUUAGAUCGAAAAAUUUUCAGACGCAAGCGACAUCAGUCAGCCAUUGAAAAAAAAUCUUCAUUCAUAUAAAAUAUUGUUUUGUUUGUUUUUCGCAUACAUGUGUAAUUCGUAGGGUAGUGUUUUUUAGGUUAGCCGAAGGCGCUUUGAUAGCGAAAUUUAUGAGAACGGGACAUUUGUAAUGAUUCAGCACGAUGGAUUAAAAGAAAGAGAGAAAAGAUAAAUUUUAGACGAUUUGUGGACUCGGAACUACCAGUAGGUAAUGGGCGAACGAGAGCGAGAGAGAUAGUAAGAAAGAGAGAGAAAGAGGAACAAAUUUGAGAAGAGUGAAAUGAUAUAUCACCACCGCCGCUGAUUAGCAUCAGAUUUGAACACGUAAAUGAUAUAAGUGGAUUAAAUGAUUAUUGAAAAUCAAAUAUUUGACAAACACGGCAAAUAUGCAAGAAUACCGCCAAAACGAUUCAUUUCAGUUGUAAAUGUUUUGUAGGGUGGAAAAAUUGCCAAAUAUGUGGAAAAAAAUGAGAAUUAUCAAACAUUUAUAGGUGUGUGUUAAACCCAAGAAAAAAACUGAUAACAUCAAUAUCAAAAUAACAUCAAAGAUUCUAUUCUAAUUUGAUGGCGAAAUAAACUGUGUAUUAAACAGCAUGAUUGAUAACAAUAGAUGGGAAACAAUUGAUCAAGAAGUAUUCGUAAAUAAAGCAAACUGCAACAGAAGCAAAUUGUACUAAGUAACCACUGAUGAUAACACGGAAGUAUAUAUUAAAUAAUAGAUAAUUGCUGGAAAUACGCAAAGAAAGUAAUAAACAAAAUUUUAAAUUAUUUCUGUUAACUUAUUAUAACACGAGGCAAAUAUUGAUAAACGAAAAAAAAUACAAAAAAAAACAACUUAACUAGUGAAAAUACUAAGAAUUUAAGGUACAGUGUUUAACAUUUAAGAUAAAACAAAAAAAUAUCACUCUUUAAUAAUUAAUGAAUUGAAAAAUAAUUUUAAAAAAUCAAGCAGA